AUGUGUUGUCAAUUUGCGACAGCCGUUUGGCGGAUGUGUCGGUUUGGUGGAUAUGAAUUUUUGGCUAAUUGUAUUCCGGCUAUUAAAAUGUUUCUCCAGGCUUAUAAAAUGGUGUAUGAGCAGUUUGUUUUGCAAUUUUGUAGUUUGGCACAAGGCUGUUGCGUUCGUAAGCGUGACACGCAUUUCGCGCGUAAUUUAGGUGAUUUACCUAAACUAGUUGAAGUCCAAAAUCAUUUAUCAGAUCCGCGACCAAGUAUAAGCCAUUCUUGA